UAAAUUGUUUUGGCCUCUGCUUUCCUGUUGCUGUAUUGCUCAUCCGUCACGGCCGUCUAAAGCCCCAUCCGGUUCCUCGUCUUCCAUCUCGAUGAUGGGUUACCUCUCGUGCCGUGCUGACUCCUCCGUCGCCACCUGCCGCUCUAUCUCCUCCUCCGACGUAAGCUCCCACAAGCCCCUCCGAAAGAAGAAGCACAGCACCAACAACCUCACAAAUUUGUCGGCACCGAAAGAAGAAGCCGGCGACUUCGCCCACCACCCCGGUAUCCGCCACUUCACCUACCGAGAGCUCGAGUCGGCCACGGGCAACUUCUCUGACGACGUCCUCCUCGGCCGCGGCAGCCAUGGCGCCGUCUACAAGGCGGUCCUCCGCGGUGGGCGCCAGGUCGCGGUCAAGCGCCCCUCCCGCCGUCCCCACCAUCUCUGCUCCCCCUUGCCGGCGGCUUCCGUCGCCGCGGCCACUGCUCGCGACGAGGUCGAGAACGAGAUCGAGAUCCUCGCCGGCAUCCGCAGCCCCCGCCUCGUCAACCUCAUCGGCUUCACCCCCUCCGCCUCCGAUCGGAAAGAGCGGCUUCUGGUGGUGGAGUUCAUGCCCAACGGCACGCUCUACGACCUCCUCCACUCCAAUCCACGCCCGCCCGGAUGGGCUCGCCGCAUCCGUCUUGCCCUCCAGACUGCCAAAGCCCUUCUCACCCUCCACUCCGUGCAGCCGCCCGUCAUCCACCGCGACGUCAAGUCGGCAAAUAUACUGCUCGAUCAUAGCUUCAACGCUCGGCUGGGGGACUUCGGUCUCGCCCUCCGCGACGAUGAGGAUACCAAAUUCCCCUCCGCCCGCUCCACGCCUCCCGCAGGCACGCUCGGCUACCUCGACCCCUCUUAUGUCACGCCUGAGAACCUGAGCACCAAGACGGACGUAUUUAGCUUCGGGAUCUUACUUCUGGAGAUCAUGAGCGGCCGGAAGGCAAUCGAUGUUGCCCACUCCCCGCCGUCGGUCGUGGAGUGGGCCGUCCCCUUGUUGAGAAAGGGGAAGGUCUCAACGCUUUUUGAUCCAAGGAUUGGGCCGCCCAAGGACCCAGUGGCGAGGAGGCAGCUUGCGGCACUGGCUGCCAGCUGCGUGCGGUCAUACAAGGAAAUGCGGCCAUCCAUGGAGGAGGUCGUGGAGCAACUCAAUGUGUUGAGCAAGACAGUGCUGUCGAGAGCUUGGAAUGGGCUCUCGGUCGGAAACCCAUGCUCGGUGGUUGACGUGGAGAGGCCCUUGACGAAGCUGAAUUCUACUAGUAUCGAUCGGGGCCGGAGUCCAGCUUCAGAUUCAAGGUUUCAUCGAGAGGAUGAGCCACUUGACAAGGAUCGAGACAUGGCUGUUAAUGUGAAGAAGCCCCCUUUGAUUAUAAAGGAAACUCGUUCUUCGAGGAACGCAAGGAGGGUGCUCUUGGAGGACACAAGGGGAAGUACAAAUCUAUUGGAUCUCAUGGCUCAGCCUGAUCGAGAGCUAAUUAAAACGUUGGCAGCUGGUGUGACUAGUAACAAUAGUCCUACUAUCAGCAGGGCAAGGACUCUGCGAGUCAUUCAUGAUUUCCAUGGCAGUGAUGCAAUUUUGCAAUUGAGGAGGAAUGGAUCUUUGACAAAGGAGCCAUUGAAAUCAUUUUCGAGAUUUAAUGAGAUUGAUACUAUUAAUGAGAAGGCUCAUGAUUGAAGCAGAGAUCUCCUAUGACCACCACUUGGGUUUGUUAUGGUUUAUUUAUGCCAUUGUCAAAUGAACAGUUUUCUUUUUCUAGGGUGAAACAAAUUAUUAUUUCUGUUGUAACUUGUCUAUUGUUGCAUAGAGUAGGAAUUAUUCUUUUGUAUGUG